GCAUCAAGUGGAAGUUGAGAGGCAAUGAAUGCUCUACUGGAUCUUCUUGUAUUCUGGUCUUGGGGAGAGAAAAGUCAAAGUGAGAAAAUUUGACUUCCAAAAUGUAUAGUCCACUCAGAAAAAAGAAAAAACUUGAACAAAUGCCCUCCAGAGACUUCACCCAGGAAAAUGUGCUGCCGGGUGUGACAACAACAAUUCCUUCAGGAUCACAGGGAAGCUCAAGCAAAAACCAAGAGACGAAAGGGGCUGAGUACCUUCAAUAUCUUCCCCUCUACAAGGCUGUGGACAAUGGUGAUUUAGAAGCAACCAAACAUUUUAUUGACCUUCAUCCUAAUGCACUAACUGCAAGCCUUUCGGCAGAUAAAGAAACGGCUCUUCACAUUUCAGUUUUAGCCGGACACAUAAAGAUUGUUGAGGAACUGGUCAAAAGGAUGCAUCCAGAGAACUUGACAGUCAAGAAUAAAGAUGGUGCCACUGCCCUUAUCUAUGCUGCCAUUGGAGGUAUUGUAAAGAUUGCAGAAUAUUUGGUGACAAAGAAUCAUCAACUGCUUAGUGCUGGAAAUAAGUACGAUCAGAUUCCUGUUGUGGUGGCCUCUCUUUAUGGACAUAAAGAUCUGGUGCGGUAUCUUUACUCUGUGACUCCUCUUGAAGCACUUGCUCCAGAACGGUCUAAUGGAGCUAUGCUUGUUACGACUUGCAUAAUUAAUGACGAUUAUGACAUUGCUUUGGAUCUUGUUCAACAAUAUCCUCGCUUGGCAUAUGCUCAAGAUACUGAUAACGACAAUGCGUUGUAUGUAUUGGCUCAAAAACCUUCUGCAUUUCCGAGCGGAACCCGACUGGCAUUAUGGCAACAAUGGCUAUACUCGUGCAAGUACCUCAUAACUUUCUAUGCAAAUCAAUCUGAAACUACAUUUUUAUGCAUAUGCUUAUAUAUAUUUACAGUUCCAGCCCUUAUGAACAUAUAUGAAUUGAAGUUGAGACAUAUCCAAGCUCAAAAAUUGCUAAGUUGCAUAUGCAAAGAAAUAUCUACCCUGGGAGAGUAUGAAUUUGAAAAGAGUAGUGUAAAGCAAGCAGUAUUCAAAGCUGUCAAACAUGGCAUUGUUGAGUUGAUUGUAGAGAUGAUGAAAAAUUACCCUGACAUAAUAUGGUGUUGUGAUGAGCAAAACCGUGGUAUAUUUUUGUAUGCAACACUCCAACGCCAAGAAAAGAUUUUUAGCCUUAUAUAUAAAUUGGGUGCAAAGAAGAACUCAAUGGCAACGGCUUGGGACAAUAAUCACAAUAACAUGUUGCACCAAGCUGCAUUUUUGGCCCCAUCCUCUCAGCUCGAUUGCGUUUCAGGUGCAGCUCUGCAGAUGCAAAGAGAAUUACAAUGGUUUAAGGAGGUGGAAAGUAUUGUGCAGCCUAAAUACAAGGAGAUGACAAAUAGAAGCCGAAAAACCCCUCAGGCUCUGUUCACUGAGACACACAAGAAAUUGGUGGAGCAUGGGGAGAAAUGGAUGAAGGAAACAGCAGAAUCUUUCACAGUUGUUGCUGCUCUCAUCGCUACCAUUAUGUUUUCAGCAGCCUUUACUGCGCCUGGUGGUUAUGAUAACUAUGGAAAUCCUAUAUAUCUACAUCAUAAUUCUUUUAUAGUUUUCAUAGUAUCGGAUGCAUUAUCAUUAUUCGCUUCCUGCACUUCACUACUGAUGUUCUUAGGAAUCCUGACUUCACGAUACAGCGAAGAAGAUUUCCUCAAGUCCUUGCCUACAAAAUUGAUCAUAGGCCUCUCUACUCUUUUCUUCUCUAUAGCAACCAUGAUGGUAUCUUUUGGUGUCACCGUUGUUAUUCUUCUUCAGAGACGAAUAAUUUGGGUUUCGUUUCCGAUUAUUGUUCUUGGCAGUCUUCCAGUAAGUCUCUUUGCUGUCCUGCAAUUUCCUCUCCUUGUUGAGAUUUUCUAUUCCACUUAUGGACCUGGCAUCUUUGAGAAGCCAAAAAAAUGCCCCUUCUUCAGUUCCUAG